GAAAUUUGUCCCCAAUCGAAGGUAAACUCUAAUAGUCCUAUCUAUAUAUUAGAAGCCCUUUUACCAAUCCAUCUCAUGUAAGCCGAAAAAAAAAUGUCUCUAGUGACAGAUGAGAUCAGGGCAAGUGCAACUGAAUUCUACACUGGAAAUGAUAUCUGCCAAGAGAAAUCAAAGUUGUUGCUGACUGAAGUAGGCCUACCUAAUGGCCUACUUCCUAUGCAAGACAUGUUAGAAUGUGGCUAUGUAAAAGACACUGGCUUUGUUUGGCUCAAAUCCAAGAAAAAAACAGAACACAAGUUUGAAAAAAUUGGUAAAUUGGUCCAAUAUGGCACGGAAGUCACAGCCUAUGUUGAGCCCAAUAAGAUCAAGAAACUUACUGGGGUUAAAGCUAAAGAGCUUCUUGUGUGGCUAACACUUAAUGAAAUCUGUGUUGAUGAUCCACCAACUGGUAAAAUCCAUUUCAAGACUCCUACUGGGCUUUCUAGGACUUUUCCUGUUUCAGCCUUUGAACUCAAUGAGCCCAAUAAGGAAGUCAAAGAGGAAGUCAAAGAAGAAGUCAAAGAAGUGAGUGCUGCUACUGUUGCUGCUGUGGAAGUGAAAGAGGUGUAAGAAGAAAAAAAAAGGAAUGAUUUGCUUGUCUUAAUUUGACUAAUCUAAUCUUUGCUUAUUUUAUUGAGAAAGAAGUAAGUUUUACUUUGAUUAAAAAGUUGCUGUACUACUACUACUACUUAAGUUAAGGAUAAUGAUUAUCUAAUCCAUCUUGAUGUACUCAUGAUCAAGUGGCUAAUUAUGUCAUCUUUUAAUAUUAUUAUUAGUAAACCCCUAAAUACCAGAAUUGGUAAUUUCUUCCUCUUAA